GGCAGCAUAGGAUCAUAUUAUUCAGCCCUCCUCGGAUUAUCAGGCACUCAAAUGUAGCGGGAAUUCCAAAUGACUUCCCGCUUCCUACAUACGAGCACUACAUAGGGCAUGAAGUAAUGGCUUGUCCACCCUGUAAGUGUACUAAAUAUCCAAUAGGAAAUUGGUUUGUGUUCAGCCUCCAGCUCUUCAGCGUCGCGCGCUUCACACUGCGUGCUGUGUGAGCAUGUGAGACUGUAGGAGCAGAGCUUGCGCUCUCGCCUCACCGGUUUACCAGCAAGCAAAACUAUAAAGCUCAUGAUAACAAGGGGGUUUCCAUUUGUUUGGGGGGGAUUUUGCGAUAUUAAACCAGUGGGCCUUCUGUCUGUUUUUGGGGAAUGAGCGAGGAGAAAAGCCCGGACAGCUGCAGGAGAAACUCUGGGUGCACCAGUGUUCUCAGUAUAGAGCAAAUGCUGGCUGUGAAUCCUGGGAAGACGCCCAUCAGUCUGCUGCAGGAGUAUGGAACGCGGAUAGGCAAGACACCGGUGUAUGACCUGCUGAAGGCCGAAGGUCAGGCCCACCAGCCCAACUUCACCUUCCGCGUGUCUGUGGGAGAGAUCAGCUGCACAGGCCAGGGCCCCAGCAAGAAGGCUGCCAAACACAAGGCUGCUGAAGCUGCUCUCAAGAUGCUGAAAGGAGGGAUGCUGGAAGCGUUAAAGGGCAGCGUGAUGGAGGGAGAACAUUUUGAUGACAUAGACAUCCCGUUGGAGGGAGACUGCUCCCAGUCGGAGAUAAAGUUAUCCAAUUCCAGCCAGCAAGCUGAAUGUAAUCCAGUUGGAGCUCUACAGGAACUGGUGGUGCAGAAAGGUUGGCGUUUACCAGAAUACACAGUCACGCAAGAGUCUGGGCCUGCACAUCGCAAAGAGUUCACCAUGACAUGCAAAGUAGAGAAAUUUGUUGAGAUUGGUAGUGGUACAUCAAAGAAGCUUGCCAAGAGGAAUGCAGCAGCAAAGAUGCUCUCCCGGAUUCACGACGUUCCUGUAGACAUGCGCAGCAGCCAUGAAGCUGAGGCAGAGGACGACACCUUCAACAUGCACAUAGGUGGCAGACUAGAGGGAGGGAAGUGUAAGGGGUUUGGAUGUACAUGGGAUUCUUUGCGCAACUCGGCAGGAGAGAAGAUCCUGCAGCUGCGUAGUCACCCUCUGGGCCUGCCCAACUCCAACUUCUGCUCUCUGCUCCACGACCUCUCUGAAGAGCAGCGCUUUGACGUCAGCUAUUUGGACAUAGAGGAACGCAGUCUCAGUGGCCUGUACCAGUGUCUUGUGGAAUUGUCCACUCAGCCCAUCACUGUGUGUCAUGGCUUUGCUCCCAGUCAGGACGCAGCACGGGCCAGUGCAGCGCACAAUGCACUCCAGUACCUCAAGAUCAUGGCCGGUGGAAAGUGAGUCUGUGCUCUUCACCAGAAACAUGGGUCCAGAGUCGACAGUACUGAAGCGUACAGUACUGUAAACUGGGGUUUACUGGAUGUUAUAGGCACAUCAUCAUGUUGGCAAACCAUUCCUAAUGCCCCAAAGACACUCGACUUAUUCCCAUGAGCUCUAAUGAAAGAUGAACUGAUUAAGUCUUUUGUAUCCAAAAAUGGUUGAGGACUGGUUUUAACAGAGGGCCUUGUUUUUCUACUACCUCCAUGUGUACAAUUUUAUUUUGUUGUUAAAUUAUCUUGAAAUUUCUUCCCUUUAAAUUACAUUUUAAACUAACAGUUCCCUAAAUUAUUUUAAAAAUACAAAUGUUUUUAACUUGACUUUUAAACAGUUUACAUAGUUUGCCUUGCCAGAAUUUUUAACAGAAAGAAUUGCAACUCACUUCUGCUAAUUACAUAGUACAUAUCUAUUUCCAUAUUUAUUCAAUUAUUGGGUCCACAUGUUGCCCAAAUCCACAAAUUGCCCUUUCCUCAAUUUAAGGUAUUGCAUAAGAUCAUGUGAGCAGUUCAAAGUCAUUAAAAUAUUAGUAUUUUGGUUUUUUUUGGGCAAGAUUAAAUGAAGUUAGUACAUUAUGGAACUAGAUUAUUACACAGUUCUGAGCAAGAAUGUACAGAAAAUUCAUUUGAACAGUUUUAGAGUUGUGAGAGGUCCAUCAUUAAACUAAUAAUAAAAAUGUUUUAAUUCA